AUGGAGCGACCUGCGAGUGCCGCAUCUUCAGCAGCGACAGCGACAGCGACAGCGACAGCGAUAGCGCAUACUUCACAUACCGCGACUUUCCAUACCAGCGCCACCUCCACCUCCACCUCCUCCUCCACGCACAAUGUCCCCGAAUCGAGGAGCUCGUGUAGCACGACCAUUACAUCGCUGUUCCUCAAGAACUGCCGUCUGCUCGACCUCGAUCUGCUUCCAGAUUGGCCUUCGGUGACACCAGCGAGCUUGGGCAAUGACGAUGCGAGCACCAGAAUACGAUGUGCCGAGUGGUGUCUCUACCAGCUUUUCCGUACAUACGACUCUGCCACCACUGUGGACAAGCUGCAGCCUUUCUUUCCGCCUCUGGAGCCACUGCAGAGCAUCAAUCUGAGGGCUGCACUGUACCGAUGUCUCAAUGAAUUGAAGAAGAAUGGCCUUCUGGGCAGGCACGUGCUUCUGCGCAAGUCAAUGCUGGACGAUUGUCAGGCCGACAAGUUCUGGGAACUAUGCCUUGCCUUCUCGGCUAUCGUGCUGCGCAAGAUCAGAGUCGAGCGCAAGAACAAACAUGCCAAGCCAAUCGCAGAGCGCACCGCGACUGCGGAAGCGCUGAACAAGAGCCAGAGAGAUAGCAUGCUUCCUCUUGCCAUAGCGCACAGGGCAGCACUGACGAAGGUGCUCGCGCAAAAGGACAAGAAGAGGCAGACUUAUGCGAGGCUUUACGAUGUGCUUAUUGACAAGGAGGCUGAUUUGCAUGUGAGAGGUAUACAUGCGCAGCAUCAGGCAGACAAGAAGAGACCGCGGCCUUCGACCAUGGCGCAAGACGUGCUGGAUAAGAGGUGGGUGGGGAGCAAUGCAGUGCGUGAUGCAUUGUUGGACGGUCGUGGUGCGCCUGGCGCAGACAACCUCCUCAUCAUAUCUUUCGACCAGGUCUGGGAGGCUAAUGAUGCAGAUCGCCUCUUCAAACGCGAGGCAUCCGACACCGGAAUCUUAGAGGACGUCGAGGCCCGCACACGACAUCAGAAGCGAAGGCUCGUCAAAUGGCAGACCUUUCAUGAGAAGCUGCUGUCGUCCAAGCCCAAGCCCACGAAAGAGGAAGUCGCUACAAAACAGCAUCAACUUCGCUUUGACCGGCAUCAGAACUUGACCCUUCGCGACAUCUCUGACAAUCCUCGUUCGCCCUCAUCACCAUCAAGGCAUGCACGAUCUGAGAGUGUUGCGAAGUAUGAUGAGAUUCUGACUGCCAUGCGAGAAGAACUGCGAAAGAGGUCUGUCACGGAUCCGGUUUCGCCCACGAAGCCAGCCGAGCGCGUGCGAAGGCCGCCAAACCGACGCCCGAAUAACUCAGUGGAUGCCAUGAUCCGGUCUGCUUCGCCCGAGCCUCACCAAAAGUCCAUGUCACAAACAGCCGUUCCGCUGAGGCCUAUGUUUGGCAAGAGAGUUUCGUCUAGGUCGCGAUCCUACCACCAGCCGAAGGUGAUCAAUCAGCGUGAGCCCAUACCGUUGAAGUCGGAAAUCUUUUCUCCACUGAAGACGGAAAGGAGAAGUUCGGCCACUCCUAGUCCGCGUGGCUCCAUCCUAGCCUCGCCGAUUGAGGAUCCACUUCUCGAGAGCGGUAUUGAUCACGUCAUCGGUGGUGCUGUGCAACGAAUGCGACAGAACAGCGACAGCACAGAUACAGGUUUGGGCACGAUUUCGCCGAGUCGAAGCACAUCCAGCACGAACAGUCCACGGGUGUCAUGGAAGUCUCAGAUCAGCGAGAAUGCUGACAGUGCCGUCGAGAUUCCUUCUAGGUUGUCAGCAGCCACGAGGAAUCUGGACAGCGUCGGUCGAACAGUGCGGCCAUCGCUCGCGGAUCGCACGCGCAUGUCGAUGGCGUUCAAGAGUACUGAGGACACGCUGAGCUUGAGAACAGAAGCAGAGACAAUCGACAAGGAUACAGUUCGCGAUAAUUUCGAGCCUGUUGAAUCUGCAGAUUUGCCGCAGCGACGACCAACACUUCAGGAACGGACGCGUCAGUCCAUCUCUCUGGCCCCAGGACCAUCGCCAGCACCGAGGAAAGCGCCUUCCCAUGCUCGCUCUCGAACUUCGCAGUAUCCCGUCAACCAGUUUGAGACACCAGAGAAAUCACUUCCACGCCGCUCGACAAUGUCUCUCGCAGUCAAUGUAGAAGCUGGUGCUGUAGAGAACGACUCCAUGGUCAAGCGCAACAUCACGCCGCGUGAGAAGCUGUUCGAUCAGGAUGCCGAGUACGCAUCAAUCUUCAAAGCACGACCGAAAGUCGCCCGCAGCCCAGAUCUCACGCCACAGAUCGACUCAGGACACGGAAGCAUGGAGACAGAGGAAGGGGAAGAAGAUGCUGUUGGAGUGGGAAGCCCACUAGUUGGACGAUGA